GAUGAGCAGUGAUGCUGCCUCUCUUUGCUCCGCACAUCAGCAGCAGAGCUCCUCUCCCUCAGUCAGACAGAACGAGGCAGAGGUAGCACGUCCGUCCGGAGAGAGGGGGAGCUCAAAGCGCAUAGCGUUGCUGCCGACUGAACCGACAGUCACAUUCACGGUCUUUCCAAAUGGAUGUCUCCUCUGACACCGCCUUUUGACACUGACGGCGCACUUGAAGCCGCGUUCAACGUGAGAAACACCUCAUCUCCGGAUCGGUUUUUGAGGAUGCGGAGGUUCGCCUAUUGUAAGGUGGUUUUAGCCACCUCUCUGGUGUGGGUGAUGCUGGAUAUGUUCAUUCUGCUCUACUUCAGCGAGUGCAACAAGUGUGAUGACAAGAAGGAGAGAGGACUGCCUGGGAGAGACGACGCCCUCACCAGGCCGCGGGACGGGCCCGGGGAAGGGGGGAAGCCUGUUGUGAUCCCUAAGGAGAACCAGGAGAAGAUGAAGGAGAUGUUUAAGAUCAACCAGUUCAACCUCAUGGCGUCUGAGAUGAUUGCCCUCAAUCGUUCACUGCCUGACGUCCGCCUGGAAGGGUGCAAGAACAAGUUGUACCCCGAUAAUCUUCCUCGUACCAGCGUGGUGAUUGUAUUUCACAAUGAGGCGUGGAGCACACUGCUGCGAACCGUCCACUCUGUGAUCGACCGCUCCCCACACACACUGCUAGAGGAGAUUGUCCUGGUGGACGAUGCCAGCGAGAGAGAUUUCCUAAAGCGGCCAUUGGAGCAAUAUGUCAGAAGGCUUGAAGUCCCUGUCAGGGUGGUAAGGAUGGAGCAGCGGUCUGGACUUAUCCGUGCUCGUCUCAAAGGGGCGUCCAUCUCCACUGGCCAGGUUAUAACCUUCCUGGAUGCUCAUUGUGAAUGUACAACAGGGUGGCUAGAGCCUCUUCUCGCCCGCAUCAAGCAAGACAAGAAAACGGUGGUGUGCCCCAUCAUCGACGUGAUCAGUGAUGAUACGUUCGAGUACAUGGCAGGAUCCGACAUGACAUACGGAGGCUUCAACUGGAAGCUCAACUUCCGCUGGUACCCUGUACCCCAGAGAGAGAUGGACCGCCGCAAAGGAGACCGCACACUGCCAGUCAGGACUCCCACCAUGGCAGGUGGCUUGUUCUCCAUAGACAGAGAUUAUUUUCAGGAGAUCGGCACGUAUGACGCAGGCAUGGACAUCUGGGGUGGGGAGAACCUGGAAAUCUCUUUCAGAAUCUGGCAGUGCGGUGGGACUCUAGAAAUUGUCACAUGCUCUCAUGUGGGUCACGUGUUCAGAAAGGCAACACCCUACACGUUUCCCGGAGGAACGGGACAGAUCAUCAACAAAAACAACCGACGCCUGGCAGAAGUCUGGAUGGAUGAAUUUAAAAACUUCUUCUAUAUCAUCUCUCCUGGUGUGACCAAAGUGGACUACGGUGACAUCACAUCUCGCACUGCUUUGAGACAAAAGCUUCAAUGUAAACCCUUCAGUUGGUACUUGGAGAAUGUCUACCCUGACUCCCAGAUCCCCAGGCACUAUUACUCCCUGGGAGAGAUACGCAAUGUGGAGACCAACCAGUGCCUGGACAACAUGGCCCGCAAGGAGAAUGAGAAGGUCGGCAUUUUCAACUGCCACGGCAUGGGAGGCAACCAGGUUUUCUCCUACACGGCCAAUAAGGAGAUCAGGACAGACGACUUGUGUCUAGACGUGUCCAAGCUUAACGGACCCGUCAUGAUGCUCAAGUGCCACCACCUCAAAGGCAACCAGCUCUGGGAAUACGACCCUGUGAAGCUGACUCUGGUCCACGUUAACAGUAACCAGUGUCUGGACAAGGCCAGUGAGGAGGACAGCCAGGUGCCCAGCGUCAGAGACUGCACACACACGCGCUCUCAACAGUGGCUGCUCCGCAACGUCACACUACCGGAGGUCUUCUGACCACACUCUGCACACUCACAAACACACACACUCACACACACAGCGGCCCAGAGUAAGCAAUGAGGGGAAUGGACGUUUAUUAAAAUUGGGCACCGGGAAAGGAAAGACUUCCCAUGAGGGGACUCAGGAAGAGAGGAGGACGGAUUGGUCGGUACUACCUCUGCCACGGAUCAGAGGGAGGAGUGUGUUUGACCCUCCUCACAGUGGGAAGAGAGGAAAGACUCCCUCUAGGAGAGGAUGGCUGUUCUACAUUUCUUUUGUGUUUUUUUUUGUUUUGUUUUUUGGGUUUUUCUUGUUUUUUGUUUUAUUUUUAAAGAUUUUAACCGCGCAGAGUGACUCGCUCUUGGGUGUGAAUAUGAGACUGGCUGGUGGUGUCGAGGUUCUGCACUCACAGCUUCCCUGGACAAAGCAGUUCACCCCUCAACUCAUCACUUAAGGUUUACUGACUGCCUCUUAUUAGAGAGAUGUGUGCACUUAUGUGAGUGUGUGUGUGAAUGGGUGUGUGUACUCUGAGAUGAAUGUAUGCUUUGAGAAGAGGGCUGAAUUCCUUGUUGAGUUUUUUUUUUUUUCUUUUUCUUUUUUUUUAAUUUAAUUUUGUAAUGGAUUUUGAAAAUGAACUCUAGUGAACUCCAAUGAAGAAGGGUGCAUGAGUACGUGAGCGUGUGUGUGUGUAUGUGUGAGACUGUCAUGUAUGCAUGUGUCUGAACCCCUCCUACAGUCUUGCAGCAGUGUGUGUCUCCCUCUGGUGUUACUCCUCAGCAUUUCAUCAUACAGACUGAAGCCUCCACACUGAGGAAUUUUCCAAGGGACUGCACAUUAAAAAAACAAAAAACAAAAAAAUGAAGACCGAGAACGAGGACCCUACUUCUGCCAUCAGCAGAAAUCUAGUGAUAGAGAAAAAUGAUGUUUGUGAUAUCUUGAGAUUUCUAUGUCCAGUUUUUACAUGGCUUUUGUCUGUUUCUACAGUCCUGUGAGAGUGCCACAGAGCAGUAACCCUAGUCUGUCUGUCCGUCUCUCUUGUCUUUAAAGAUGUUUAACAUAGAGCUAACACACACACACACACACACACACACACACACACACACACACACACACACACACACACACACACACAGAGGACUCUCCAUAUGUAACUGAUGUUCACUGCCUAAUCUAGUGUUAAACAAUAGGGAACUCUCCCAUAAGGCACUACAUAGUCAGAAAACACGCGCACACACACACACACACACACACACACACACACACACACACACACACACACACACACACACACACGCCCUGUAUACAUAUAGGAAAAAGGCUGCACUGGCCUCAUACUUAAAUCCAUUUUGGCGUAUCUUCUUCUCAAUGACCUCUCAAAAAAUACACUCCAAGGGCUUCUUAACUCCAGUGGAGUGUGUGGAUGGAUGUAUCGGUGUGGGUGUGAGUGUGCGUAUUCAGUACUAAUCCCAGUCCAUCAGCUCCCUGUUUACUAGAACAAACAGCUCUCAGAAUCCUCGCUGUUGGACAACCGAGAGCCCGUAGCAUAGAUUGAGAGCAGAUCAGUGUAUUCCUGCUUCCGUUGUACAAAACGAGCUGCUUUUAUUUGCUGGACAGAGCCAAGCCCCUGCACUCUCUUGAGGACAUAUCUACAGCAGGACAACAAUGCCUGGAAAGAGGUUGUUAUAUCACAGAGACGUCGCUGAGGUGUGUUUAGGAGAAUUAAUCAGGGACAGAAUUAUAAUUGUAGAGAGCUGAAGGUAGGUAAAGGGUUUAACUGUGGAUCACAAAGAGCACAGCAGCAGCAAAUGACAUAUCUUAAUCCAUAACUGCAUAUCUCACUCUGCAAGCUCACCUGCAGUAUUUCACUAUUCACAUCUCAGUUAGCCAAACAGGUUGAACAGUUACAUCAGUGUCAUUUCAACCAUCAUGCUUUCUUUAUACUUUUUUUUGUAUCACUCUUGCAGCUGCAAGUCAGGGCAGGAGAGAUGAUUUCAUAAAGGUUUUAACCAUUUAAGCUUCCUCCAGUGGAGGAAGGGUUUACACAUUUAACACAUCAUUGGUUCAUCUUUGUUGUGGACAUGGUAGUGAGAGGAGGCCGUCGACUUUUUUUCUUUUUUCCCAUAUCUGAGUGAGUGACUGUGGUAAAGAUGUGAACGUGGUUUGAUUGUGACACGGGGGGUAUCGAUUGUUCCAGGCUUCCACACUGAGCUGAUCCAAAUGUAGAAAAUAAAGGUGAAAAGGUUUACAGAACAAUACAAGGACAAUGUUGUUUUCUGACUCUGUCUGCAUAAAUGCUCAUAAAACACACACGCUCUCUUCAGUCAGGAACACUAGCAGUGCACAAAGGUCAAAGACAACAACUCUCCUGCGUGAAGAUAAGCUAAUUAUUUCACAAAAAUGUGAGUUAAGUUUGAUUUUAACCUGAUGAUUAAGUACAUAGCCCAGCUGGUCAAUAUCAAUAUUUGAGAGUUUAAAAAACAUUAAAUCAGUACUGUAUGUCUGCUACUUUCUAUUUUUUCAUAAACACAUACUGUAAUCACAUGAGGAUUGUUAAAUUUGAGGUUGACGUUCUUUUCUUGACCUCGGAAAACAGUAGUUAACCAAACAAUCUCCACUUAAAGGUGCUCUGUGGCGUUUUCUUGUAAACAAACAAAAGUUAUGUUUACAUUCAUGCGACAUGUUUAUCCUUGAGGCCUGACAAGUGAAUGCAUUUAAUUCAUCAUAAAUCAAUUGAAAAAAAUUUUAUUUAAUGUUUGAAAUCAUCCAUUGUUUACAUGCAUGUUUACUAGCUUGCAGUCCUCUUCUUCACUGCCUUUGUCGGUGAAUUACAUUGACCAAAAAACGUAAUCAGUGGCCUAGCGUGAAACCAACUGCAAGACGUUCCUUGCAUUGCCAGCAUGCUUUUGCUAAUGACUGUGCAUCCUCGUGAGCGUGCGCUAUACAAACAAUAUAAGGACCCAUUUGUAAAAACAUUGAUCCAUUGUCUACUAGUGUUACCACGGGUUACCUUUAAGAUCCACUUACUUGGUUCAUCCUGUGUGAUCCAGUUGGAAGCUCCAGAACAAGUGAGUAAGUGGACCUUGAGUGGAGGUUUUUUUUCUUUUUCUUUUUCUUUUUUUUUUUUGGUCAACUGCUGUUUUUCAAGGUCGAAAAUGAACUGUCAAGCUCGAUGGUGAAGCUCAAAGAAGUCCUAAAGUACCCUGAAUAAUGUAAAGUUUGAGCAGCUACAAUUCCAUCACAACUGAGCAGGUCUAUCCAUUGAUGGGAACUGUGACACAAUCAAAAGCUCCAGAACAAACAAGUAAGUGGACCUUGAGUAGAAAUUGUUUUCUCAAUGAUUAAAUUUGUUGUCUCAAGAAUUGUGAUAUAUACUGAUCAGGAUAUUCUAUAGUUGAUGGAUAUAUGUUACUUAUAGGCUGAAAUAUAAGCUGAUACCAAUAUACUGUGUGUGUGAGGAGCUCAUAUCAACUGAUAUAUUGGCUGAUUUGUCAGUCUGGCUCUAAUUGAUCACUAAUAUGUAAUUCUUAGCUGCUAAACCAGACGCCCUGCUGCUUGAAGAGAUCAGUUUUUAAAACAAAGAGGCAGAGUAAAACUAAGUGGUAAGAAGCUAGAUCAGUCUUGUGGGGGAAUGGGACUGUUGUCUGUCUUUUUAAUCAUCAGCAUGGAGCAGCGGGCAGGUAAUCGAGUCGGGCAGCAGACUGAGUACAUGUUUUGUGAACAGUGGAUUAUUCAAACUCUGUGACUUGAUCUGUUGAAUUAUUCAUUAGUCAGGAUUAAGCCCACAAGAGCCAUAAGGAAGACAUAUUACACAACAGUGUUUUGCAUACAGAUCUUUAAUAUUACACAUUGAUGCAUCUGCAUUUGUUUUCUGAUUGCAUCUCCUGUAUAGUAAAUAAGGUAUUGGGAUGUUCCAACACAGCUUCUCAUUACAGAGAUUACCAAUCAUUCCAGCUGAAAUAAGACCAAACAUCAGGCUCUAAAAGUUGCAUUGUUUAGACAUAUUCAGUGGUCAGAAAGGCAGAGAACGCAGAUG